AUGUCGCACGCAACCGCAAACCUAGCCGCACGGCCGAUGGUGCGGAGCCUGCUGGGCUCGGCCGGUAGCAGCUCACGCACGCCCUCUCCGUCCUCCGUCGCGAUGCGGUCGACAAGCUCCACGCCCGGGCAACGUCUGCGACGCACGCUCUCGACCAAAACGCCGCGCGCCCUCAUGUCUCUUUCGUCUGCGCCUCCUUGCUUUGCUUCUCCGUCUGUGCGAUCGGGCUCGCGUGGGAUCUCGUCUUCGGCCGAUGCGCCCGUCGUCGACUCGACCAUCCCCAUCCUGACCACCGUCAGCGACUACCGAGCAUGGCGGCUGCAAGCCACCAAGGACGGCAAGUCGGUCGGCUUCGUAGCCACCAUGGGCGCGCUCCACGACGGCCAUCUCGAGCUCGUCAAGGCCAGUCUGCGUGAGAACGACUAUACCGUCGUCUCCAUCUUUGUCAAUCCAGCCCAGUUCGCUCCCACCGAGGACCUGGCGUCGUACCCUCGCACCCUCGAGUCCGACAUGCACAAGCUCGCCUCGCUCUCGCACUCGACUCCGUCACAUUCGCGGCGCGUCGACGUGGCGUUUGUGCCCUCGGUCAAGGAGAUGUACCCGAACGGCUUCACCCAAAUCGUCGCCGACCAGAUCGGCGCCUUUGUCGAGGUCAAGGGCCUGAGCCACCAGAUGGAAGGCGGCAGCCGCCCCACCUUCUUCCGCGGCGUCGCCACCGUCGUCACCAAGCUCUUUCACAUCAUCCAGCCCGACCGCGCCUACUUUGGACAGAAGGACAUCCAGCAGUCGGUCAUCCUGCGUCGCCUCGUCUCGGAUCUCGCCUUUUCCCAUCCGCCGUCGGCCGAACACCUCCGCGUCAUCCCCACCGGCCGCGACCCCACCGACAACCUCGCCCUCAGCAGUCGCAACGCCUACCUCACCGCCGACUCGCGGCAGGUCGCUCCCGUCCUCUAUCGUGCGCUCAAGACGGGCCAGGACGUCUGGGAUCAGCCGCACUGGACCAACAAUGACAAUGCCGAGCGCAUCCGCCAGACUCUGCAAAAGGCUAGGGCCGUCGUGCUCCAACAGGCGGCACAAUGUCAGAAAGACGGCAAGGGCGUCGAACUCAAGCUCGACUAUAUCUCGCUCAACCAUCCAAAAACGCUCCAAAAUCUCGAACAGCUCCUCGAGCAAGACGGUCCCCAUGCGAUCCAUGUCGGCCAAGGUGCCAUCCUCAGCGGCGCUGCGCUCGUCAGCCAAGGCCAAGGCGGCAAGGUCACCCGGCUGAUAGACAACCUCACGCUCGGAUUCAAGCUCUAG